UUGCCGAGGGAGGCGGGGAGUGCCGAGGCGGCACGCGGGAAGGUCUCGCGGCCAUGGCGGCCCGGGGUCCCGCGAGUCGCUUCUGGUGCUCGCGUCCCGAGGUGCCCUCCGCCACAUUCUUCACCGCCCUGCUCUCGCUGCUGGUGUCGGGCCCCCGCCUGUUCCUGCUGCAGCCGCCUCUGGCACCCUCGGGGCUGUCUCUGCGCUCCGAGGCCCUGCGCAACUGGCAAGUUUACAGGCUGGUGACCUACAUCUUCGUCUACGAGAGCCCGGUCUCCCUGCUCUGUGGCACCGUCAUCAUCUGGCGCUUUGCUGGCAACUUCGAGAGGACCGUGGGCACCGUCCGCCAUUGCUUCUUCACCUUGAUCUUUACCAUCUUCUCCGCCAUCAUCUACCUGUCAUUUGAGUCUGUGUCGUCACUGUCUAAGCUGGGGGAGGUGGAGGAUGCCAGAGGGUUCACCCCGGUAGCUUUCGCCAUGCUGGGAGUCACCUCAGUCCGCUCCCGCAUGAGGCGGGCCCUGGUGUUCGGCGUGGUGGUGCCGUCCGUCCUGGUUCCGUGGCUGCUGCUGUGUGCUUCCUGGCUUAUACCUCAGACCUCCUUCCUCAGUAACGUGUCUGGCCUUCUGAUCGGCCUGUCGUAUGGCCUCACCUACUGCUACUCCCUGGACCUCUCUGAGCGAGUAGCCCUGAAGCUUGAUCAGACAUUCCCCUUCAGCGUCAUGAGGAGGAUUCCCUUGUUCAAGUACAUCUCCGGUUCUUCUGCGGAGAGGAGAGCAGCCCAGAGCCGGAGACUGAACCCUGCACCUGGCUCCUACCCCACACAGAGUUGCCACCCUCAUCUGACUCCUAGUCAUCCUGUCACCCAGAUGCAGCAUGCCAGUGGCCAGACACUGGCCUCCUGGCCUGGACACAUGCCCAGCCUACCUCCAUACCAGCCUGCUUCCGGCCUGUGCUAUGUGCAGAACCACUUCGGUCCUAACCCCAGUGCCUCCAGUGUGUACCCAGCUUCUGCAGGGACUUCCCAGGGGGUGCAGCCUCCCUCCCCCAUCAGCUGUCCUGGCAUGGUGUAUUCCGGGGCCCUGGGCACCCCGGGGGCUACAGGCUCCCAGGAGUCUUCCAAGGUCGCCAUGCCCUAAGCAAUCUACAGAGGGGACUUCCACCAUGUUGGACAGAGACAGGUUCUAUCUGAGAAUUGAAGAAUUAUUUAUUGAAGCCAGGGCAUGCCAGCCUGUCAUUCCAGCUGCUUGGGGGGUUGAGGCUAAUGGAUCAAAAGGUCAUGGUCCGCCUGGGCUCCAGCGCAAGUUCAAGGCCAGCCCCAGACUGUAUAACAAGGCCCUGUCAGAAUUAAUAACGAUAGCUGGGACUGAGGCUCCGUGGUGGAGUGCUUACUUAGCAUGAUUAAGGCCCUGAGUCCUCAGCUCCACACGAACAAGAAGAAUUACUAAGUAGAUACCUACGGGAGUCAGCUCUGCUGAGGUCUUUGAUAAAUGUCCCUGUGUCUGUAUCGUUUCUCCUCAAGGCAGCUCUAGAAAGCAAAGUUUACUAGCCCAGCUUUCAGGACAAAAGAUAAAGCUGGACCUGCCGAGAUAGGCCUGCAGUCUCAGCCAUGAGCAAGGUCAUCAGAAGUUAAGGUCAUCCCCAUCUACACAGGGGGUCUGAGGCUAGCCCCCAGGCAAAUGUGGGGAUUCACAGUACCAUGGAGUCUUGAGGCUCCAGAGAUGCCGCCAGGCUUCCUGGUCCCUAAUCCAGCGUCCUGACCGAGAAGGCGCUGUGGUCACCGGCUGCCAGCGACUCUUGCUGUCCUACCCAUCCUGCCCUGCUCGGUGCCCGUGGGUCCUUGCUUGUGUCUGGUGUGACUGUGUACCGGGCAGUUGUGUAACGUCUUCCCUGCAGCCAUCUCUGAUACUGCCUGACUGGUGACCUGCAGCAGCAGGCUGGCCAUCCGCCCUGUGAGUUACCUCUGUAUAAUACCCAGCCUCCAAUCUGCCAGUGGGGCGUGGCUUACUGUGUUCAGCCCAGGGUGGAUAGUGUAGGGGGCAUGGAGACAAAAAGCUGUGAGGAGCCAGAGUCACAUCCAGUCUGUCGCCUGUGCUUGGCAGUGUGUAGUGAGGACCUGACCAGGGUGGGUGGAAACGGUGAAGUCCAGAGUCGGUCAACCCAGAGAUACAGUCGGGUACAGCAAGCUAGUGAGAGGCGGUCUCGUAAAAGGAUUUUCUUUUUAAUAAAAAUAAGCUGAGCAUG